UCAGCAGUAUGGACUCAUGUUGUUGGCUGUUGGAAAUGUUUGUCAAGAUGCAAUAAGUUGCAGUAACAGAUUCAAAGUCAAACCAGCGUAGAUGAUCUGGAUAUCUUUUUCUUUUAAUCUUUUUUUAAUUACGGAGAUUUAAGCAUGUCUCAGAGAGAAGAGAGCCUGGAGGGCUGUGACUGGAGCAGUCCGGAAUGCCGUGCUUUGAUGGAUGGGAUUUUUUUUCGCCAGCACGACUACAUCCAAGCGAAAGGUAGUGAUCAUAAGGAGUUUUGGUCCUUCUUUGAGCGCUUCCAUCGGUUUAAAGUGAAAACGGAAAUGGGGAGCUCGAAACCCUGCAAACGUGUGGAAGAGUUAGGGAAGAAGCGUGCAAGCGGCACAGUGGAUCUUGGGCUCCCAAAGGAAUACGAUGCCCGAUACAGAAUUAACAUCUUCGUGAACACCCGAGACGUGGAGGAACGUUUCAGAGAUUUGCGUGGCAAGCAACACAGAGACUCCCUGACCGACCCAAACAACCAGAGGGUCACAUACUGUCGUCUCGCCCUGCUUCAUUUUCUAGACUUCAUGCAGAAGCAGAGCUUCUGUAAACUCCUCAAGCUGCAGCGGGAACAGAGGAACCUGCCCAUCUUUCAUUACCGUGACCGGAUUGUGGAGCUGGUCCAAACACACCCGGUGGUGGUGGUGGCUGGAGAUACCGGUUGUGGGAAGUCCACGCAGGUGCCCCAGUACCUGCUGGCGGCCGGUUUUAAGCAUAUAGCCUGUACUCAACCUCGCCGCAUCGCCUGCAUUUCCCUGGCGAAGAGAGUGAGCUUUGAGAGUCUCAACCAGUAUGGGUCCAAGGUUGGAUACCAGAUCCGUUUUGAGAGCAGACGCACAUCAAGCACUAAGCUUGUGUUCUUGACUGAGGGUCUGCUCCUCAAGCAGAUACAACAUGAAGCUGUAUUAUCCCAGUACAACGUGGUGAUAGUGGAUGAGGUUCAUGAAAGACAUCUACACUGUGACUUUCUCUUGGGUGUGCUACACUCUUUGCUUCACCGGCGGCCAGAUCUGCGCUUGGUUCUUAUGUCGGCCACCAUCAACAUUAAACUCUUCACCAGUUACUUCAACAAUGCACCUGUGCUGCAGGUGCCAGGUAGACUCUUCCCAAUUCAGGUGAUAUACCAGCCCAUCCCUCUAAAGGAACAAGUGUCUCACAAGGAGAAGCUGGACCCAAGACCAUACUUGCGUGUACUGCAGGGCAUUGACAAUCGCUAUCCCCCUGAGGAGCGGGGUGAUUUGCUGAUUUUCCUUAGUGGUAUAGCUGAAAUCUCCACUAUCAUGGAGGCAUGCCAAACGUAUGCUGUGCACACCAGUCGCUGGAUCAUACUGCCCCUGCACAGCACCUUGUCACUGGCACAGCAGGAUAAGGUUUUUGACAUUGCUCCCUCAGGAUUGAGGAAAUGCAUCAUUGCUACCAAUAUAGCUGAAACUUCUGUGACCAUUGAUGGGGUGCGCUUUGUAGUCGACUCAGGCAAAGUAAAGGAAAUGACUUUUGACCCAAAGACUAAGAUGCAGAGACUUCAGGAGUUCUGGAUUAGUCGUGCCAGUUCAGAACAGAGGAAAGGUCGUGCAGGUCGAACAGGGCCAGGAGUUUGCUACCGGCUCUAUGCUGAGUCAGACUAUGAGGCCUUUGCUCCUUACCCUGUCCCUGAGAUCCAUCGAGUGGCUCUAGACUUGUUAGUGCUUCAGAUGAAGAGCAUGGAUCUUGGAGAUCCUUGUUCUUUUAACUUUAUAGACCCUCCUGCAGCCUUUAGCAUUCAGACAUCUAUGAGGUAUCUAAAGGAACAAGGGGCACUAAAUGAUCAGGGAGAGCUCACCAACAUUGGCAGUCUUCUGGCCAAGCUUCCUGUGGAUGUGGUUAUUGGUAAAAUUCUUGUUCUAGGUUCACUAUUCAACCUGGUGGAGCCGACGCUGACUGUAGCUGCAGCACUGAGUGUUCAGUCACCAUUUCUGCGCAGUGCUCAGCACAACCCAGAUUGUGCCACUGCACGCCAACCAUUGCAAAGUGAUCUGGGAGACCCUUUCACCUUGCUCAACACUUUCAAUGCGUGGGUGCAGGUCAAAGGGGAGAGGGGAGGAGGCUCCAGGAAGUGGUGCAAAAGAAGAGGACUAGAGGAGCAAAGACUGUAUGAGAUGGUUAACCUGAGACGACAAUUCAAGGAGCUGUUAAAGAGUCAUGGACUGGUGGGGUCUGAGUCACACUACAUGGCUGAGGACCAGGCACAGCGCAGGAAGAGACUGACUGAACGUCAGAAACUACACCAGCUGAAGAGAGAGCAUGAUUUAAAGGAGACCAGUCGAAGAAAAGUGUUACAUCUGGAUGAUGGCCUAGAGCAAGGGUUAUCAUCGGAUGAGGAAGCCGCAGGGUCAAGCAAGAAGAAUAAAGACUCUGAAGCACAGGACAUAGAUAUACAGGAAGUGAAGUUUAAACUGCGGCAUGAUGUUAGCAAACUUCAGGAAGAUGCGUAUGCUAGUGCAACGCUUUCUUCUAAGCAACAGACCCUCUUCAGACUGCUACUGUGCCGUGGCCUGUACCCGCAGCUGGCUCUGCCUGAUGAACAUAACUCUGCACGCAAAGAUUCAGAACAGGUGUUUCACACUCGUAACAAGCAAGGGGUUGUGAUCCACCCCACCAGUGUUUUUGCCAAUAAUUCGGAUUUGCUGCAUAUCACUCAAUAUGAGUCUGGCACUGAGCAAGGGCAGAGUAAUGCACAUCAGUUGCUGGCUUUUGUAACUCUGCUUGAAACUAACAAGCCCUAUGUGUCAAACUGUGUGCGGGUUCCUGCCCUGCAGGUUUUGUUGCUAGUGGCAAACUCGAUAGACAGCAAUGCAGACUGCACACGGCUGGUGGUGGAUGGCUGGCUGGAGCUGGUUAUAAGUGAUAGUGGGGCAGCUCUCAAAGUGCUGUCCUCUGCCCUAAUGAUGAGGAACAAUUGGGACAAACUGCUGCAGGCCAAAUUGAGCCAGUUAGGUUUAAAAUCUACUGCAGGUGUGGGGCUUGCUGGUCCAACAUCAUCCAAUCAUGAGUUGGGGAAAAUCGCAGAAGGACUUGUACGCUUCUUACUGUAUACUGAGGUGAGUUACAGUCUGAGAAGGCUUACCCCACUGCAGUUUCAAAACCUGUAUGCUGGACCUCAGCUGAACAAUGAGGUUUCCCUCCCUCCCCUCUUCCCCGAGAUGAAAGCUGAACCUGAUUCAAUUAAAGGAGGUCUACGUGUGACCAGCUACUUCACCUAUAAUUGCCUCUGUGACCACAAAGACUUGUACAGUGAGUGUUUGCGGACAUUUUGGACUUGCCCUCACUGUGAACUGCACAUGCCCUUCACUCCACUGGAGCAAAUGCAGCAUGAGGCCACCUGUAGGCCACCAGAGGAACAGCAGCCUGAGGAGGAGACCGACGUGGUAAAAUCUGCAUCCUUGUCUAAUCUGACUAGACUCUACCACUGUAAUAUCUGCAAGAAAGACUUAACCCUCACCUCCACUGAGAUACUUAAACACAAGCGUCAACACCAGUCAUGAGUUCUUCCUGCACCUGUGCACAAAAACAACUCUGUACCAGAGGAAGUUAUACUGUGUAUGUUUUUCUUUUUGAAAAAGAAAAUUGUAAAAAAAAAUUCUUGUAAAAAUAGGUAUGUGUAUUUCUGAAACAUAUGUAUGUGUACACAAAAAUAGGUAUGUGUAUUUGUGAAUCAUAAUACUCUCCAUUUCAAUUUUACAUUAUAAAUAAAAUGGUCUGGAAAUGUU